GGCUGAAAUUCAGUACAUUUUUUGUCAUUUGAGUGGCAUCAGUUUUAUCCAUAGACGGUAAAAACAAGUCUAUGGUCCAAUCUUUAUUUGUUUGUUCGUUCGUUUUUUCCUUUAGAGAAGUGAGUCUUUUCGGGCAGAAAAUAAAGAAAUCAUUUGGAAAAUGAGACUCAUGUUAUUGGAUUCUAACGAGCUUUUCCUGUACUGCAAAGUUCUUCGUUAGUUUUAAAAAUACAGUGUAACACUGAAAGGACACCGUAUUUCUUCAAGUGCAUUUUGUUUAUGAAAAUAAACAGACUUCCAUCCACCGCUUACACCGCCCUCUCUUUUAACCAAUCACAGGCAUCGUCGCUUCAACACGGUGCGCUUCAAUUUAAGAAAGAGCGCUCACUCUGCUCCCACACAUUACAAUAAAACAUUUAUUAAUGUAAUUAUUUUACCUCUAGUUAGUCUGCUUUAAAAAACGUGUUGACCAAGAAAUUUAGACCAUUUUAAAAUCUCGCAUUGGCCAUUGCUUUUUGGGUUAUUUUUUUUUUCUUUUUUGCUGCACUGUGUAUAACAUUUAUUUAGGAUAUAGCUACUAUAUUAUUAUUACAAUGUUGUUGCAUUUUUAAAACUCUAAUCGUAAUAACCACAGUUAGGACAAUGUGUCAUUAAACAAAGUGUGCUAUCUAUUUUGUCCAUAUUUUUCAAAUUAGAGUGUUCCAUGUUUUCUGUACCGAGUGGUGCCAUCUUUCCAACAACACAGGAUCUUUGUCACUUCUCUCGCUUGUCCUUCCUGGUCACUGACAUCAACAGUGAUGGCGGCUGCCGUACGAUUCUUCAUCCGAGGUGCAAACUCGAGACUCUCCGUCGGUACCGGGACUAGUGGCUCCUUAGGAGCAGCUUUGCUCAAACUUUCUCCGAGCUGCAGCUCUCGUUCUAAAACACAACGGAGACAUGCAGCCCACUUUACCUACCAGCCUGACCCCGUCCCGACGCAGUAUGGUGAAACUCAGAAGAUGAACUUGUUCCAGUCGAUUACAAGUGCCUUGGACAACACCCUCUCCAGUGAUCCCACUGCAGUUAUCUUUGGUGAAGAUGUUGCCUUUGGCGGAGUCUUCCGAUGCACUGUUGGCCUGAGAGACAAAUACGGUAAGGACAGAGUCUUCAACACUCCCCUUUGUGAGCAGGGGAUUGUGGGAUUUGGCAUUGGUGCGGCGGUUGCAGGGGCCACUGCCAUCGCUGAGAUCCAAUUUGCAGACUACAUCUUCCCAGCAUUUGACCAGAUUGUCAACGAGGCGGCCAAAUAUCGCUACCGCUCAGGCAACUUGUUUGACUGUGGGAACCUUACCAUUCGGGCUCCAUGGGGUUGUGUUGGCCAUGGCUCUCUUUACCACUCUCAAAGCCCUGAGGCCUUUUUUGCCCACUGCCCUGGUAUCAAGGUUGUGAUACCUCGUGGUCCAAUGCAGGCCAAAGGGCUGCUGCUGUCAUGCAUCACUGACCAGAACCCAUGCAUCUUCUUUGAGCCCAAGAUUCUUUACAGAGCAGCUGUUGAACAGGUUCCAGUAGAGUCCUACACCAUCCCACUCUCAGAGGCUGAGAUCUUACAGGAAGGAAGUGAUGUCACUCUGGUUGCCUGGGGGACACAGAUUCACGUGUUAAGGGAAGUAUCUGACAUGGCUCAAGAGAAACUUGGAGUAUCCUGUGAGGUCAUUGAUCUAAAGACCAUCCUACCCUGGGAUGUUGAAACUGUUUGUAAGUCUGUGGUAAAAACUGGACGAUUGCUCGUCAGCCAUGAAGCGCCAGUGACGGGAGGAUUUGCAGCUGAAAUCAGCUCUACAGUACAGGAGGAGUGCUUCCUCAACCUGGAGGCUCCCAUAAGUCGAGUGUGUGGUUACGACACCCCUUUCCCUCACAUCUUUGAACCCUUCUACAUCCCAGACAAGUGGAAGUGCUUUGAAGCAAUCAAGAGGAUGAUUAACUACUGAAGCCCUAGCCAACUUCUGCUCUUACUGAAGUCCACGCACUCUUCUCUUUUUCCACCUUGAUCAUCCAGCCAGUGGAGAGCAGCCAGAAAAAGACACUGUUGACCGUCUGAUCAGAGAGCAGCAUCCAGAUGGCCUCCAUGCUCUCUGCAUCCUCGAUAUGAAAGACGAUCACUGGUUGUGCGAAUAAAAGCGCCUUGUUCUUUUGAAAUGGAGAAACAACAUUAUCAACUGUACAAAUGGCGUAACUGUUAGUUUUAACACAUUUCUCUUGGUAAAUGAUUCUCCUCCUUUUUGGUUGAAUUUGUGACUUUUUACCCAUCAGUGCUGUUACUUUUUGAAGGUUUCUAAACUUGUUCACCCUUUAUUUAGUUUGACAUGACAUGGAUUUCACUGUACUAAUAUAAACAGAGGUUUGUAAGGAAAUAAAAUGAGCACACUUGUUUGAACCA